AUGCCUUAUCUGUCGAACUCAAAAAAUUUGACGAAUAACAUGGAUCCUUUCUUUCAAACUCGAGCAAACGAAUACAGCCAAAAUCGAGCACACGGAAAACAACUGGCUGAACAUUGUGGCGAGGGAACUGCACAACUCAACAGUGAUAAGGAAGGUGCUGAGAACAAUCGAACAACUCUUGAGAAGGAAAGUUCUUCAAUAUACCGUCAACAUGAGCCGCUCUUUCGGAAAUUUCAAGAACGUGCCGAACAACUCAAAGGAUUGCAGCAACAACAAAUCGAGUUUUGUAAGCAGCAGUACGAAGCUACGGAAAACAUCAUUGCUCACGAAAAUAACUUGGAACAAUUGGAGAUACAAAGUGAAUCCUAUAGAAGUGAGCAAAACUCGUAUGUCGAAACGAAAAACCAAUUGAAACUCGAAGAAAAACAACUUGAAGAUCAAAUUGCGCAGAUGAAGGAGCGUGAAAUCGAGAAUGGUGAAGUAGAAAAUAACUUACGAUUGUCAUUGAAGGAAUUCGAACAACAAAUUGAACGACUUAAUACGCAAAUUAAAGAGCAAAGCAAAUUAGUCGACGAGGAAGAUAGAAGACGUCAAGCUUAUGAAUUAAAAGUCGAACAAUUAAUAAAAAGUGUGCAUGACAUUGAGAAACAAAUUCAAGAAUAUACUGAUAAACUUGAUCGUUUAAAGCAACAAGAACAAACUUGUAAAAGUGAUCAAGCCAAUUUGAAGAAACAAGAGGCUCAGUUAAAAGUUCUAAUCGAGGAUUUAAAACGCGUUCUCGAAGAAAAAGCAUCUGGCUUGAAUCAUCUUCAAGAAGAGGCAAGAAUCAUCCAGAGAAAUGUCCAGCGAUUUGAACAAGAACUCACUGCGUUGGAGAAAGAAAUCAAAGAAAAUAAAGAUGAAAUUCAAAAGUUAGAAGAUCUAUUAGCUCAAGCACAACAGCGGCAAACGGAACUAGAAGGAAAUCGAAAACAACUCGAAGUAGACAAACGUAAUUUAGAUCGUGCAUUCGUGGAGAUGGAAGAUCAGCUAGCUGACUUCAAUCGUGAACUUCGAGCACUCGAAGAGAAACUGCGUACUUCCGAAGAAUUGAUCCGACGGGUUCAAGAUAAAGUUUCACAAUUGGAGCGUUCUCAGCAACAGCACACGAAUGAAGUGAACUUUUUUCAAGCUGAACAGGACAAAUUAGAAGCGGAACUCGCUACCUUGACUACUGAAUGCAACGAUUUACAAUCACGUAAAGACGAUGCACAACAGCAACAUCAAACUGCUGCUGCUGAACACACCGACGCUACUCAACGGUUAACUCAACUUAAACAAGAAGAAAGAGAAACGCAGAAUCAACAUGAUCGAGCUGCCGCUGAAGAGCAAAGCGCGAAAGCAGACUUGGAUUCUGCUGAAAAUGAACUUCGUCAAGCUCAAGAGCAAUUACGUCUUGCUGAAUCUCGAGCACAAAUCUGGGAUAUUGCGGACAUUACAGGAUCGCUUCUUUCAGUAGCUGCGACAAUAUACACGAAGAUACCUAUUCCAGGUUUCGGUGGUAAUCGAAACUCGGUAGGCACUAGCGUACAAGAUGCGCAGAGCAAGGUCAACCAAAAAGAAACGGCAUGCAAUAAUGCUCGGCAAAAGCAUAGCAGAGCGAAAGUAGAAUUACGAACGGCAAAAUCCAAAUACCGCAAUUCGACUAGUGAUCGAAAGGAACAAGAAAAUGUUGUGCGCGAAAAGAAAACGACUCUUUCUCAACGCAAGAGUGAACUCGAUGCAGUUAGUAAUACACUCCGCAAUACCAAUCGUAGACAAGGACAAACAGAAGCCAAAAUUAAGAAUACACAAAAUAAAUUAAAUCGCUCUCAAGCACAGUUAGGCAGUGUUGCCAAUGAUCUGAAACGAAAUCAAGACGAACUUGUACAAUAUCGACAACAACGAGGAGAUCUUCAAUCGAAUAUUGCAUCGGCAACAACGACGAUUCAACGACAAGAACGUGAUAUGGAAGACAAGCAAAUCGAUCAACGAGAUAAACAAAAUGAACUCGAUGUGGCGACAUCAGAGCAUUAUAAACAAAUCACUCUGGUUCAACGACUGAAACAGCAAAAUGAAAACACAAAACGAAAGCUUCUCGACAGAGAAAAUGUCAAAAAGAUGACAGAACGUGAACGGGAUAAUCAAAACCUAUUGCUGCAAGCAAAUAGCAAGAGCGAAGCACAACUGAAGAACGAUUUACAGAUAAAGAAUGAUCUUCUCAGUACAGUGAAAAAAGAACUCGAGGACAAAAACAAACAACUCGAGGAAAUAUCAAAACAGGUUAAGGAAGUUGUUGAGCCGGCAAUACUCAAACUCGAACAGGAUAAAAUAAAAUCCCAAAGAGAACUAAACCAAAAUCAAGCUGCUUAUCGUACUGCCCGUGCUCAAGGUGAAUCUCAAAAAGGUAAAGUUCAAGAACUGGUUAACAAGCGUGAUAUGUACGUCACUCACCAUGAAAAAUUAAAAAAAGAUGUGACACAAGUCGAGAUCAAACUUCAAACAAAGAAAGACGAGAUUACAAAGAAUCAAAAUGAUAUUGAGAGAGUCUCGCAAUCCUUGCGAUCAGUUGGCGAAAGAAAAGAACAAAGCCAUGUCAAUCUUCGAACAUCAAAAGGUCAACUUGCGGCAUUGGAUAAACAAGUUCAAGCAAAUGCUAAGGAAAUUGGUGACGGCGAAAAAGCACUACGUCAAGCACGAAACGAAAUCGAAGACAAUCGUGAUAAAUAUGCUGACAAUGAAGAACUUCGGCAAGAAACAUAUCGAGUGAUUGAAAAAGCUGAACAAGACCUUACUAAGCUUAGUAACUACUAUCGCAAAGAGAAAACAAGACUUGAAGUGAAAUCAUCGGAAAUCAUUAAAAAAGAACUGAAAGAUCGAGUUCUUCAACAAGAACAUGUUAUGAACACAGUGGCUGUUGAACAAACCAAUCAAAUUCCAACGACGACGUUCAAUGAAGAUAGACUCAGAAGAUCAAAUUAA